CGCGCUGAUUCUUUCGGUCAUCUGUUUCUGUUUCUGUUGAAAGUGUUGAUCUGUUUCAAUCUGUUUUCGUUUUCUGAUUCACUUUCACUGCUUGUGUUUGAUAGAUUGCCCAUCAACUUGAACUAAACAGAGUAAAAAAUGGCAGAGGCAGCUGCUUCAACUUCGUCAACUGCUGCCCCAUCAAAGGAAAGUGCUGAAACUGCACCCGUUCCUGAGAGCAAAAGACUGAUGCUUUUCCAAUCUUGCUUGGACUCGCUGAAUAAAAAGCUUUCUGAUGAGUACAAGGAGUGCUUGAAACAGCUCUAUGGGCCUGCUUUCGAGUCGCACCCCCAGUACGUGGACAAAAUUCAUGACGCCUUCAUGAAGUCCUUCAACACGGACGUCAGCAGAAGGAUGCAGCGAUUCCUCGAGGAGCACAACAUCGCUCAGAAAUUAAAAGAGCUGGAGGAUAUUUCAGAAAACCAAUGUGAAGGCGUUGAUAAAGCCUGGCGACCAACUGGUCUUUCCGCCGUUCAGCAACAAGUAGCCGUAGACAUUGACGUCAAAAUGAACAUGAUGGACAAGCUGCAAAAGGAUCUAGACAAGGAAGAGGCGGAGCUGCAGGAGUUGAUGGCAAAGGCUACCAAGUACAGGGAACAAAGUGAACCAGUCCGGCUGGGGUUGGAAGAGGCGGAGAAGAAAAAGAAAGAAUUGGAGGCUUCUGUCCUGAAAACUAUGGAAAUGUUGAGGAGGGAUUAGUGAAAGCAUUGGUUGAAAUUCCAAGAUGUACAUAAUAUGAUUCUCAUUUGUCUAUAGUACAAUUUACACGUAAAGUGCGUUGCUAUUUAGCUUCGUUAAAAUUAUUGUUCAAUUUUUGCGUAAAAGUACGUUAUGUGAAUCAUUUAAAUCGGAUAAACGAAUGUGACUGAUUCUUUUUGUACAAAAUGCAUUUUCUUCUAGCUUGAUGAACAAGUUUUCCUCUAAGUUUGUAACAAAGAAAUCUAUUUUUUUUUUGCAAAAAAAAACAAGAAAGGGUUAAAUAACACUUUUCGAGCUCAAAAACCCUUACUGCGAUUGUUAGCAAAUGUACAAUAUGCUAUAUUAAACAUUAAUAAAAUUAAA